AUGGCUGUUGACCUCGCUGUGUCCGUCCCGACGCUGGUGGGGAGUCUACUCUCGGCUCUUGCGUCGGCUUUUGUUCUCGUCAUCUUCGCCAUUUCACCAAAAAACCAUUUCCGCCAUUGGCUAAUUCUCAAUCUGACCAUCGCGGAUUUCAUCAAUGCCACAAACAAUACCGUUUCAGGAUUCUUAGUCGUCAGUGGGCGCCAUGACCUUAGCCCUGGACCUGGCUGCCAGCUGAAUGGUUGGAUGGGCCAAUUCUCCGUCCAAGCGAUUGAUUUUUCCAUUUUGGCCAUAGCCAUGGUCGCGUUGUGGAUUGUCCAACGACCAACCAUAGUAUCAACGUUAAGCUGGAGGGCCAAGGUGAUAUUGUGCAUCUCAAUCUGGAUUACCCCCUUAAUCACCAGUACCACGGCGGUGGGCUUGGGGAUUGUUGGGCCCGUCAGUGGCAACUGGUGUUGGAUCGAGUCACAAUACCUAGGCUUACGGUACGCCCUCGGACAUGGCUGGCGAAUAGCUAUUGUGUUCAUUACGGCCAUAACGUAUAUCGUGGUCUUCGUCGUCGUGAAGCGCCGCUACGAGCAUCUGAGCCUGUUCCCGAACGGUGACACAUCCUCUGGCCGCGAUAAAUCUAGGUCCACAGAAGGGGAUGCCGUAGAUCUGUCGUCCAUAAGGCUGGACACGACAAUCACUGUCCAGAGUAGCGAGGUGUUCAACAAUCCAGCUAGCACAGAUGGGGUAAGCGAGUCUCCUUCACAGGAUCAUCUCGCAUCGCAGGCCCCUUUCUCUGCAGUGAAAAGUCAGCCGAGUAAAUACGACACGACCUCCGACGAGCGCCGCCUGAGGUAUGCUGACACCCCAGGAAGGGGGGUGGAUGCUACGGAACAACGAGAUAAGAAAAUCCGCUAUGCCGAAGUUCGCCGUGUGAUGUUGCUGAAUGGCUACCCGGCAUUUUAUGUGCUGCUGUGGAUCCCCGGGCUGCUCAAUCGGUUGCUCGAGUCCCUUGGUCAUAAGACCAGGUGGCUGCAGAUCCUGCAAGCAUCUACGCAAUUCAUCGGUCUUGCCAAUGCUUUUACUUAUUCAUACAAUGAAGGCUUUCGUCGCCAGAUUCGCUCGUUGGUCACAAGGCAGAGGCGAUCGUACCAUGAGCAGCUGUAA